AUGCUGGCCGCAAGACUUGUGUGUCUCCGAGCACUACCUUCCAGGGUUUUCCACCCAGCUUUCACCAAGGCCUCCCCUGUUGUGAAGAAUUCCAUCACCAAGAAUCAAUGGCUUUUAACACCCAGCAGGGAAUAUGCCACCAGGACAAGAAUUGGGUUUCGACGUGGAAAAACAACCCAAGAACUCAAGGAGGCAGCUUUGGAACCAUCAGUGGAAAAAAUAUUUAAAAUUGAUCAGAUGGGAAGAUGGUUUAUUGCUGGAGGGGCUGCAGUUGGUCUUGGAGCUUUGUGCUACUAUGGAUUGGGAAUGUCUAAUGAGAUCGGAGCUAUUGAAAAAGCUGUAAUCUGGCCUCAGUAUGUGAAGGAUAGAAUUCAUUCCACUUACAUGUACUUAGCAGGGAGUAUUGGCUUAACAGCUUUGUCUGCCGUGGCAGUGAGCAGAACUCCUGCUCUCAUGAACUUCAUGAUGAGAGGCUCUUGGAUAACUAUUGGUGCAACCUUUGCAGCCAUGAUUGGAGCUGGAGUGCUGGUACAGUCAAUAUCAUUUGAGCAGAGCCCAGGCCCAAAGCACCUUGCUUGGUUACUCCAUUCUGGUGUGAUGGGUGCUGUGGUGGCUCCGCUGACGAUGCUAGGGGGGCCUCUUCUCGUCAGAGCUGCAUGGUACACGGCUGGCAUUGUGGGAGGCCUCUCCACCGUGGCCAUGUGUGCACCCAGUGAGAAGUUUCUGAACAUGGGGGCGCCCCUGGGCGUGGGCCUUGGUGUCGUCUUUGUGUCCUCACUAGGAUCGAUGUUUCUUCCACCUACCACUGUGGCUGGUGCCACUCUGUACUCAGUGGCAGUUUAUGGUGGAUUAGCUCUUUUCAGCAUGUUUCUUCUGUAUGAUACACAGAAAGUAAUCAAGCGUGCAGAAGUAGUACCAGUGUAUGGAGUUCAGAAAUAUGAUCCCAUCAAUUCGAUGCUGGGAAUCUACAUGGAUACAUUAAACAUAUUUAUGCGUGUUGCCACUAUUCUAGCAACUGGAGGCAACAGGAAGAAGUGA